CAUCGGUCAAGUUUUGCCAGAUGCAACGACAACAGCAUUUGAGUAUGAAGAUGAGGAUGGUGAUCGGAUUACUGUUAGAAGCGAUGAAGAAAUGAAAGCCAUGCUGUCCUAUUAUUACUCCACUGUAAUGGAACAGCAAGUAAAUGGACAGUUAAUAGAGCCUCUACAGAUAUAUCCAAGAGCCUGCAAGCCUCCUGGGAAACGGAACAUACAUGGCCUGAAGGUAAAUACGCGAGCAGGGUCUGCUAAUAAUAGCAGUUCGGUAGUCUCGGAUUCCCUUCCAAGCAAUAGCUUAAAAAAGUCUUCUGCAGAGCUGAAGAAAAUACUUGCAAAUGGCCAGAUGAAUGAACAAGACAUACGGUAUCGAGACAUCCUCGGUCAUGGCAAUGGAGGCACAGUCUACAAGGCAUAUCAUGUCCCUAGUGGAAAAAUACUAGCAGUAAAGGUCAUACCCUUAGAUAUAACACUGGAACUCCAGAAGCAGAUAAUGUCGGAGUUAGAAAUUCUUUAUAAGUGUGACUCAUCAUAUAUCAUAGGAUUUUAUGGUGCUUUUUUUGUAGAAAACAGAAUUUCAUUGUGUACAGAGUUCAUGGAUGGGGGUUCUUUGGAUGUUUAUAGAAAAAUUCCAGAACACGUACUCGGAAGAAUAGCAGUAGCUGUUGUGAAAGGCCUUACCUAUUUAUGGAGUCUAAAGAUUUUACACAGAGAUGUGAAGCCGUCUAAUAUGUUGGUGAACACGCGAGGCCAGGUGAAGCUGUGUGACUUCGGGGUGAGCACUCAGCUGGUGAAUUCUAUAGCCAAGACGUAUGUUGGAACAAAUGCUUAUAUGGCGCCUGAGCGGAUUUCAGGAGAACAGUACGGAAUUCAUUCGGACGUUUGGAGUCUAGGGAUUUCCUUCAUGGAGCUUGCUCUUGGGAGGUUUCCAUAUCCUCAGAUUCAGAAAAACCAGGGAUCUUUAAUGCCUCUCCAGUUAUUGCAGUGCAUUGUUGAUGAGGAAUCGCCCGUCCUUCCAGCCGGGGAGUUCUCUGAGCCAUUUGUACACUUCAUCACUCAAUGCAUGAAAAAGCAACCAAAGGAAAGGCCAGCACCUGAAGAUUUAAUGGGCCACCCAUUCAUCGUGCAGUACAAUGAUGGGAAUGCAGAAGUUGUGUCCAUGUGGGUGUGCAGGAUGCUUGAGGAACGGCGAUCGACCCAAGGACCACAGUGAGCUGGGCUGGCUC